AAAGAGCAUCCUUUCUUUAACACAGUGCAUGCAUAUGCAGGCUCACGGAUGCAUGCAAAUAAUGUGGGCACAGAGACGUGGCCAUCAGAAGCCACAAAUAAAGCGCCACCCACCUAGCUAUCUACGUCCUCCACGCACCUCACGCCUUGUGAAUAUUCAUUGGAGACCAAAGGAAGUUUUGUUGCUCAAACGUCGGCGGCGUGCGAGGCUAGUGGUGGUGGUGGUGGAAAUGGUAGCAAGAUGGCGGCACUGAAGGAGGACCAGUGUUAUGGACUGUCCUGUGGAAGACUGAGCAAUGGCAGCAAUGUCUCUGUCUUUCACGUUAAGCUCACUGACAGCGCGCUGCGAGCCAUCGAGGGCUAUCAGAGCAACAAGGGACUGUCUGCACGACCCACUAUCCGUUUCUGUGGAAACCAAGGGAAAAUCACCAUACCACGGUCGGAAAGCCCCAACGAGGUGCAGACGUUCGCCUUUGACCUGUCCAAUGUGGGGAGGGACAACCCACAGGGCAGCUUCGACUGCAUCCAGCAGUACACGGCCAGUGACGGCAGCGCUCGGCUGGACUGCCUGGCCGGGAUCCAAGACAAGAUCACGGUGUGCGCCACGGACGACUCGUACCAGAAGGCCCGGCAGAGCAUGGCCCAGGCGGAGGAGGAGAACCGCGGCCGCGGCGCCAUCGUCAUCAAGCCCAGCGGGAGGUUUGUGGGCAAGCGGGUGCAGAUCCGGAAGCCGGCGCCGGGCCUGUCGGACGUGGCCCCCUCGCGGCGGACGCCCCGGCCCGUGCUCAUCGGCCGCGCGGUGAAGAAGAGCGGGGGCGGGGCCCAGCAGCGGCCGCUGCGCGAGCGCCUGGCCCACCUGCUGGCGCUGAAGCCCUACAGCAAACCCGAGCUCAUCCUGCGGCUGCAGAAGGACGGCCUCUCCGCCCAGGACAAGGACACGCUGGACGGCCUGCUGCAGGAGGUAGCAAACCUGAACGCGAGAGACAACACAUUCACCCUGAAGGACUGCCUGUUCAAGGAGAUACAGAAGGACUGGCCAGGGUACACCGAGGGCGACCAGCAGCUGCUCAAGCGCAUCCUUGUUCGGAAACUGUGUCAGUCCCAGAACAGCACCUCUGUCCCCGGAGAGAAUCCGGUCAGCCCCCCAAAAGAGCCAGCGAACUCCUCCCCAUCCCAGAAACGGCCUGCUGCGGAGUUCAUCGACCCCCUGGCCAACAAGAAGCAGAGGAUUUCGCACCUGGCCAGCAAAGCGUCCGGGCCCGUUAACGGGAAGCUGAGCUCGUCCAAUGGGAAGGAGGUGGGCGGGGCACAGGCGGUGGCGGCGGCGCAGAGCGCGGACGGCGUGAGCAGCUCCCAGCUCCCCCUGCUGGAUAUCCCGCGCCCCUGCGACCCGCUGUCGGACGUCAGCAACGACUCCAGCCACAACGGCCGGGACGGCGAUGGCCAGGAGGGGGCGCUGGCGGAGAGGCUGAGCCAGCCACCCUCGCUCCCUGGGUCAGCGGCCCAGCCCCUGCCCGGCCCCGCCCCUCCCCCGCCCGUCCCCAGCCAGGCAGGGGAGACCGCCUCCGUCUCGCUGCACGGCAAGUCCAAAAAGAAGUCAAAGAAGCACAAAGACAAGGAGAAGUCCAAGGAGAGGGAGAGGAGGGCAGGGGAGGAGAGCAAAGCCAAGCUGUCGACCAGCACUGACAGCCUGAACAACACUGUUCCAUGCACCAGCACAGACCUGAAUGGCACCUGCAGUGUUCCCACGUCAACAGACACGGCAGACUAUUUAUUGAAGUACACGGUGAUCGACUCCCAGGAGCAGCGGCAGAGCUACAAGAACGACUUUAACGUGGAGUACAGCGAGUACCGAGACCUGCACGCCCGCAUCGAGAGCAUCACGCGCCACUUCACCCUGCUGGACUCUGAGCUCAAACAGCUCCAGCAUGGAACGGACAGCUACAAAACAAUCCAUAAUCAGAUUCUACAGGAGUAUCGUAAAAUUAAAAAGACAAAUCCCAACUAUAGCCAAGAGCGGAACCGCUGUGAAUACCUACACAACAAACUGGCACACAUAAAGAAACUCAUAUCAGAAUACGAUCAGCAGCAACUUCAGAACUGGCACUAGGAGUGUGGAGAGGGGGGUGAUUUUUUUUUUGUUUCCUUUUUUCGUCCUCUCUGGAAACCAGCUGGGGAGGGGGGAGUGUCUGAACUGUGUGCUCCAAAAUACUCGUAUCAAAGGUGCCAUGAAGGUGGACACUUGUGUUUCCCCCUCGUAAAGCCCAGAAGCACUAACGAGGACAGCCAGACCUUACUCUCAGCAGCAUCAUCGUUUUUUUUUUUUUAAUUUUGUUGGAAGAUGUGACUGUACUUUUGUCCAGUCCUCUUUGGUUUAUCUGCGGUGCACCAGGAGGAAACUCCGCUGGUGCUCCUGUUUGGCUCCUGCCCUUGUUACCAUGGAGAGGCUGUUCAGGAAACUCGGUGUUCUCUGAGGGUCUCUGGUUUUCAGAAAGGGAGAGGUGACUGCACCAGUGAGGAUUCUGCAGAGUCUGUGCCAGAGGCUAGUGCUGUUCUUCAGCUGAAUACAGGAUCGUGGCUCAAUGGAUGAAAUGAGAAAUGAUCAAAUAUCUCCCCUCCAUUUAUUGAAAUGGAGGCUUCUCAUGUGAACGAUUGUAUUAUAUUGUAAUGUAUUACAUUUUAUUAUUUUUUUUUUAAUUUAUUCCUUUAUUUUCGGACUGCCAUAGGGAUAAUAUGUUCUGUUCUAAUUCUACACUCCUCGGUAUGGGUACAGACAGUCUCUUGUAUUUUGUCUUCUCGCCCGCAACAUCAGCCAGUAUUAUAUACAGCCUGCCUUGGCAGGCAAUUAAUUGCUUAUGUUAUAAUUUGUCAUACUUUUUUUAAAAGAGAUCUGAUUAUUUUCUCCUGUUCUCCUUUCAUUAAAACA